UCCACCCGCUGUUUUUCGGCUCUUCUAGGUUGUGUCUGCUACAGCCGCCCGCGAAGAUGCAGCUGAAACCGAUGGAGAUUAACCCCGAGAUGCUGAACAAAGUGUUGGCCAGGCUCGGUGUCGCCGGCCAGUGGCGCUUCGUGGACGUGCUGGGGCUGGAGGAGGAGACUCUGGGCUCAGUGCCAUCCCCUGCCUGCUCGCUGCUGCUGCUGUUUCCUCUCACAGCCCAGCAUGAAAACUUCAGGAAAAAGCAAAUCGAGGAGCUGAAGGGACAAGAAGUUAGUCCCAAAGUUUAUUUCAUGAAACAGACCAUCGGGAACUCCUGUGGCACCAUUGGGCUGAUCCAUGCAGUGGCCAACAAUCAAGACAAGCUGGAGUUUGAGGAUGGUUCAAUCCUGAAACAGUUUCUGUCUGAAACGGAGAAGAUGUCCCCUGAAGACAGAGCGAAGUGCUUUGAGAAGAACGAGGCCAUUCAGGCAGCCCAUGACUCCGUGGCCCAGGAGGGCCAGUGUCGGGUAGAUGACAAAGUGAAUUUCCACUUUAUUCUGUUCAACAAUGUGGACGGCCACCUCUAUGAACUUGAUGGGCGAAUGCCCUUUCCAGUGAACCAUGGCACCAGCUCAGAGGACUCUCUGCUGCAGGACGCUGCCAAGGUCUGCAGGGAAUUCACUGAGCGCGAGCAGGGAGAGGUCCGCUUCUCUGCCGUGGCUCUCUGCAAAGCAGCCUGAGUCUUGGGGGUAGAAAACCAGCCGCUCCCCUUCCCUGGGCAGGCCCUCGCAGCCCCGCCCUUGGUCUGCAGCUUUAGCACUUAGAACCACAGCUGUCUUCUUGCGUUCUACAGCCCCAUGCCCUCCACCCCACCCAGGCCACCAGGGAGCUCUGUCAUAGCCACACCAGUGUGAACUUCAGAGGCAAAGCAUUUCCCCUCCUGUAUCUCGUACCUUACUAUCUGUCUGUAAGUUAAGGCCUUGGAUGUGGUUUGUCUGUCCUUAAGAGGAAUAAUAAAACUUUUCUGCUGGUGACAGUA